AUGCCGCUGCGUUCAAAUGGAUGUUACAAAUGUCGGUCUCGGAAGAUACGCUGUGACUUGACCCGACCAGGCUGCCAGCGAUGCGCCAUACAUGGAGUCAAAUGCCCAGGCUACAGGACCGAGAACCCUGGCGAUAUCGAAUUUCGAGAUCAGACGGGCCUCGUCUGGCAACGAGCGAAGGACAAUGACGACUUGAAAACCGGACAUGUCUCUAAACCACUGGAUCUGAGCCAUGAUCCUUCCCCCGGCUCAAGCUCGUCCGAAGAUUCGCUGAUCUCGGCCCAUCAGAAUCAACUGGGAAGACUGCAGAGUCCGGCUGCGAAUCGGGCCCAGCUUUACAGCGCCUUCAUGGACACCUAUAUUCCUCAGAACUUUCUGCCAGAAGAGUCAGUGUUCAAAGAUGCUCAUUUUGGGUGGCUGGGCAUGGCGGUGUCCAUUUCUGAGCCGAAGCCAGCCUUGAAGCACGCACUCGAUGCUAUCAGUCUGGUUCAGAUGGGCAGCAUGCUAAAUGAUGAGCAACUGUUGCGCAAAUCAGUGGAGUCAUAUACUCUGGGACUAAGGAGCCUGGCGCAUGCUCUCUCCAAUCCCAAAAACGUGUAUGCCGAUGACAUCAUGGCCGCCUCCUCGGUCCUAUGCCAAUGUGAAAUGUAUAAUGAGAUCAAGCAACAUGGCCAAGGCUGGCUCGGCCAUCUUCAAGGCCUGCAGAAGAUCAUAACCGCUCGUGGGCCGCGCGCUUUGAACAGCCAACUUGCGCGUAUGCUCUUCUAUCAAUCGACGCGGACUUCCUUGGCGAGCUCUCUUUUAUCACGCAAGACAUCAUACUACUCCGCCCCAAAAUGGCUGGCUGCGCAGGUCAAAGUCGAUCUCCACGAGGACUACAGCGACUCUUAUCGAUCAGGCCAGCAGAUACCCGGGCUCUUGGAACGCUGCGACAACCUCGAUGUGGACUCGCCUCACAUAAUGGAUGAUAUUGAGGAUCUGCUAUACGAUUGCGAGACAUUGCUAUCCGGUAUGAAGGCUGAAGUGGCAAUGCUGAGCUCUCGGACGGUUAAAAAUGGCAAAGCCUGUUUCACGUUGGCUGACAUCACGAACUUCACGGCUUUCACGACUCUUGUGCAAGAUCGAACGCUCGACCGGGCGUAUUGGUUCUCCAGCUAUCUCAACUGCUACCUGUACUCACAAUACUGGCUGAGGAUGUUUCUCCUGAGAGGCUGCACACAGCAGGUGCAUUCUCUUCGACAGCAGGUGGUGCCAGGUUGGAACCCGGAAAAGGAGGCCGCGGUCUCUGAAACAGAGGUACUCGGAUACGUCAUGAACUUGUGCCGGUGUAUUCCAUAUUUGGUCGAGCCGUCGAACUGCACCAUUGGGUGCAUCUGUUCUUUCUUCCCUGUCCAUAUUGCCACACAGUAUUUUCGGGACCACGGACAUUGGCAGUGGGUUGAAUGGGCGCGCUGCGUACGAAAUGCCAUUUUCAGCAAAGGGUUCAGCAUACCUGUGAAUUAUGACGAUGGGCCUUACGGUGAUCGAAUAACCGAAAGGGAUCAAGACAUCGAACGUCGCUUCAACUGGAUCGACGACAACAGCAAUUGCAUGCCUUCUGGGCCUUUUCGAUAUGCUUCUUCAGAAGCCACUUGA